GAUAUACAUAAUACCUGGAAUAAUCAUGUCCUCCAUUCAAUGGGGGGAGUGGUUUUCCUUCGCCCAAAGACAGCUGGAAAACUGAAUUGUGAAUUAAAUCUAGCAUUAGUCCAAUUUAGAGUAAAUCUGAUGAAAUCCAUGGGACUUGUUAAUUACAAUUCACUUAAGUCCUGUUGAUUUCGGUGAGUCUGCCCUGGGGAAGACUAAUGUUAGAUUUAACUCUUGUAAUGUUGGGGAGGGGGAAAGAGGGAGAGGAAGAUGUCACUUUCAGUUACUGUAUGUUGUACUAGUCCAGCUCCACUGGCAUCAGUUCUGUGCACUCAACUACACUGAGCAUAGAGAAAUUUUCUUAACAUCAAUAUGGAUGGGGUAGCCUCUGCUUGCAUGGAGCUCUAUAUAUAUGUUGGAUGCCUGAGCAAAGCCUGUGACCAUUUUUUUACCACUAAAAAAGCCCUAAGGGGCGGAGGGACGCCACCCCUUCUUCAGCUGGAUCGGGGCCACAGCAACCACAUGCCAUGGCUCCGAUCCGGCCUUUCCAGGAUGUGAAAAGGAGUCACAAAAACCUGGAAAGGGUGCGAUAGCCAUGGCGGUGCAGCUAUGCAGUGCUCAUUUGGCCUUGCAUUGUAUGGACGCAGCACCGGAGGAGCGCAGUGAUGCCGCACACCAUGUGGAGCCUUAAUGGUCGGUGUGUACGGGGCCUAAUUCUGCUAAAAUAUCACAAGCAAAUAGUCAAAAUGCUUUGAUCUUAGCUGUCACAUCAAAUGUUUCUAAGGUGAGGAUUUCUUUAAAAACCAGUCUGCAUCCCUUCUGCUUUUUAAGCAAAGGGAGAAAACAUUUGAAAGGAGGUUGGAACAGAGGGACUCCCUUUCCCAUCAUGGCGAUUGAAUGUAUCGCUUUGCAGCUUUUGGUGUAUGACUGUAGAUUUUGGUUUAGUGAUACAUGUGAUUAUGGACAAGUUAGCACCUACUCUUCAAACCUUUCCCCCACAGUUACUGUUUUUGGACAGAACUCCCUGAAUCCCCAAGCUGGCAUAGACAGAUUGGCUUGGGAAUUCUGGGAAUUACAAUUGAAUGGUGUUCAGAUGGGGUUCCUUUUCUUAUUGUUUAAUAAUUUAUUAAUUCCUCCUUUCUAUCUAAUACCCUAGUGGCAUCAUGCAGAAAGAUGAACCUUAGACUGAAAUCCUAUACUCGUUUAUCUGGGAAUAAACCCUAUUGAGCUCAAUGGAAUUUAUUGUGAGUAAGUGUAGGAUUACACUGUUAAUAUUUUUUUUUUAGCACAGUUGGGAAAGCCUAUCAUUGUUCAUCAUUCUACCUCCAUUUCUAGUCAUUAUUAUUUCCAGGCAACAUACUGUUAAAUGCUGUUGCUUGUACAUGCUUUACCUUGCGUUCCUGUACAUGUCUUCUCAGGAAUAAGUCCCAUGAGUUCAGUGGGCCUCACUCCCUGGACAUGGUAGAGGAUUGCAGUUUCUGUAACCCAAAACUCACUUUCUAGGGAGAGUGAGUGCGGCUUAUUUCUGAGCCGAAGUGCUUAGCAUUGCACUGUACAAGUGGUUAUAAUACACAUGCCUUUAUUCCUUUUUUGUUUCCUUAUACAACUCUCAUGUGAAGCUGAUAUCUCUUGCAGAUUGCAGAGUAAAUGAAAAUGGUGGUGUUCUGCAGCAAUAUUGUUUUAAUCAGGGAACUUGGAGAAUAGUGGCUGUUGCAUUUUGUAUGUUCCUUGUAACUGCAGAAAGCUUACAGUAAUUCUUUAACUGCUGUUUAGUUGUUGGACAGUGCCAGGAGCUUGGAGGAGUCAACAGAUCCUAAAAUCCAAUGUACAUUUUCUCUCUGCAGUGAACUGCACAGACAAGACUGAAUAGUUAAGAUUGCAUUACUAGGAUUUUUUCGUUCCUCUUCCCAGUCUGAUUGCAAGAUAUAUAUUUUUUUCUAAAUUACUAUUUCACAAGUCUAAGGAAUGACUGAAAUGUUAGUCUUUCUCAUCACAUAUGUCUAUGCAUAUCAUGGUCUGAAUUUUGCUGGUUAGCAGAGAAUCAAUAGCUCCAGGGUUCAGGCAUCUCAUAGCACAUGGGGUGGGCAAAAUUUGGUCUGGGGACCAUCUACAGGUACGUGGGGUCACUUCCAAAUUUGAAGAAAAGACUCCCAUGGGCUUACAGCAGUUAGUUUAUGAAGUGUAUGCACACAUACACACAGAGGGAAAAACAAAUGAGGAUAUGGGAACGAAGAUGGUGCUGGAGAAGUUAGUGCCCCUAAGGAGAAAAGAUGUGGAUAUCAUGCAUCUACUAUGGUAGAAAAUGUUAGCAUUAUGAUGACAGCAGGGCAUGGGAACAAAUCAAGUUAUAAUGUACAGUGCAGCAUCCUCAUUCAUGAAAUGUGCCAGUAUGUGCUGUGUCUUCAGGCAAGUGCACAUCCUUAAGCAUCAAGGCACAUGCAUCAUUAGACACAAGUAUAUACUCUUAUUUGGAAUGUGUACACUGUGCAGUCAUUUGUGGUGACCAUUUAUGUGUUCAGUUUGGGAAACACUAGUGAGUAGCGGGACCCUUGGGUGGCUUGUGACCCCCCCCCCAAGAGAUUUAAAAAAAGGUGCUGGAGGGUUUUUUGCAGAGCUUUGGACUUUGACUGGGCCUUGCCUAGAGGCAUGCUUAGUAGAUGUGGGUUCAGAGUCCUGACAAGCUGCCUCUGGUUGUGGUUUGGGCAGCUUCCCCCUUCUUUGUGGUACAUGUUGAACAAACUAAAAUGACAGCAAACCCUGAACUUGGCCAAGCCUGUGCGUCUGGAAGCAUAGGAAGGGUGAACCCCCCGGUGAACAUUGUGCAUAUUUAAGCCCCAUAGACUUGAAUGGGGCAUGGUGCAUGUCCCAUUUCUAUUAAUUGUGGUCGCCCCUCUGCAGAUUUCCAAGUCUUCAGAUUUCAAGUCUGCGAACUUGGAGGGGCGACUGUAUUGCCUAUCACUUGCCAUGCAUUCAGGCAUGUCUUUAGGUGGGCAUCGUUCUGCCUGUAGGCCACAUAUGACCCCUGCCACUCUUAUCCCCUGCUGCCAGAUUUGCUGCCUUGCUGCCCAAUUUGGUAUGCUGACGGCAGAGCCACCAGAUUUUGACUGAAAAAUAAAAGACCCCCUAAAAGUGCAAUUGCCCAACAUGGCAGCAAUUCAUCAGCUCAUCUGUAACAGGUGUUGCAGCCCAGUUGGGUUGGAGGGGCAUUGUCCCCCCCCCCCAGAGUUACUCAGACCAUGCUAUGUGUAAACCUGGAGUGCAUAAAUUGAGACCCUCCAGAAGUGGUUGUGCUGCAACUCCCAUAAUCUCUCAUCGUUGUCUAUUCAGUCUAUGGCUGGGGGGACUUGCAGUCUAACAACAUUUGGGGGCACACUUUACCCACUCCUGCAUUAGAGUCUCAGAUGUGCUUCCCCAGAGAUGUUGAUUCCAGCUGAUUAUGAAUACAGUUUAUAGUUAGUAGAUAAUGGAACCAUGAAGUAGUCUUACCUGCUCUGAUCUUUAAAAUGUAUCUUAAGAAUUCAUUCAUAAAAGUAAAGAUGGUUGGGAAACCACUGGCCUCCAUAACUCAUGUAUUUGCACCCAAAUGAAACAUUGCCAUUGCAUUUCAAAGGUGAAAAUGUAACUGUUUUAUCAAGGUUGGGAAUAUGUUUUAUUGCAACUCUUGGUCAAAAUUGAUAGGAGUUUCAGUCCAGCAACGUCUGGAGGGCCAUAACAUCUCCACCCUUGACCUGAUGGUUUUCUUGUUGAAAGGGGAGGGGGGAAAACUGCCAUGUAUAAAGCACAUGUUAUCUUUCUGAAUGUAUUUAAAUCUUUUUUUAAAAAAAACAGUGUCCAUCUAAUGUUGGUGUAGAGAAACAGUGCACUCGAUCUUGAUUAUAGUGGUGUCAUUUACAGUUUCAGUGCUGUCCCUAUUUUGUGGAGCCUUAAAUGGCAUUCUGUGUGUUGGUGUAACUUGAACUCGAAGCUCUUAAUUACUAUUUUUAAAGCAUCCGUAGGAAGCCUGUUGCUACACACACAACAUUGUUAAGGAAGGUGAGCAUGGCUAAGAUGUGACCUACUUUUUGAAUGACUCUUGAACACACUCAAAGUGUGGCCAUUAAUCCCACUAAGGACCACCGAUGUAACCCACAAAAAACUAUAGCAGAUGAAAUAUUUACUUACAUUUUACAUUUAAAAACCAAGGCAAACAAUACUCCCACGUAUAUAACCCUCUAGCACAUCGACUCCCAAGUAUACUGAGAAGGAGGUUUUACAUGGCCAUUAAAAAAAAGUGGCUGCCCUCAGGCAACAAAGGCUGAGGAAUGUGAAAUUCAUAGAGUUUAAUUUGCCUAGAACUAAAGUUACUUUUUUUCUACUACAGCUCCCAGAAUUUCCUUCAAAGGUAUCUUUUCCAAGGUUUCUCUGCCCCCAAGCUACUCUGUAUUCUUCAGUUGCGGUGGAGGAUGAUUUCUUGUCACAGAGACAUCUUGUGACUUGAGGAGAUGGAGGUUCUUGACUUGGUGGAAAUGGAAUAAUCAGUAUUGCAAUCAACUGAAGAGGAAGCCGCAGAAACAAAUUAUGAGAAUGACGUUGGCCAUCUUGCGCUGCUCAUGCUGCGACAUUUUAAGUCUGACUGGGAAAGCAAAGAGCAAGUUGAGCACUUGAAGUUGCACUCUGAUAACUUCUCCAAGAAGUCAAGGUUGAAAGAAGAAAAGAACACCUGCAUUUGGACAGUGAAGAUGCUCUUUACUUCGUCGCCAGCUAUUUAAGCUGAAUGCAUUGUGAUUUCCAGUAAUUGAGACAGUGGUUCUGAAAGCUGUCUACAUUAAUGAAAAGAACAAUGUAGUCAGCUUAACUGAAUCAUCAGUGUUGCCAAUUGGAUAGAGCACGACAAAUCCUAUCCUGGUGGACUUCUGCAUGUUAGGAGUGUAGAUUUAUUUGCCUUUUUAAUUUAAAUCCUUUUCUUUUGUAAGUUUUAAUUAUGGAGAAUUAUGACAAUGCACCUCCCCUUCCAAAAGAGCCAGCAACAGAAGUGAAUGUGGAGAAUCCUUCUUGUCCCCCACCACUGCCGCCUAAUGAACAGCCUCCACCACCUCCCCUGCAAACGUCCAGUGACGCAGAGGUAAUGGACGUUGGCUCUGGUGGUGAUGGACAGUCAGAUACCCCUGCUGGGGACACGCACGCUGUCGGCAGAACACAGCUUCUCACAAAGGGAUCUUCAUGCUACAAAAGUCGUCUUAUGGUAGAUCCUAAUAGUGACCAAAGCCCACGAACUGCUCGUCAUGCGCCUUCAGUUAGAAAAUUCACUCCAGAUCUUAAGUUGCUUAAGGAUGUAAAGAUAAGUGUUAGCUUUACAGAGAGCUGCAAAAGUAAAGACAGAAAAGUUUUGUACACUGGAGCUGAGCAAAACUAUGAGGCAGAUUCAGAUUUAGGUAUCAGUAAUGUCAAUGGGGAUAUGCAUGCUUGUCCUCUUGCUGGGGGUAGUAAUUGUCAAGCUACAGGUUUAGCUGGUGAAAAUGAUGACAAAAAAGAGGAUGAAAAUGAUGUAGAUCAGGAAAAAAGAGUGGAGUAUGCAGUUCUGGAUGAUUUAGAAGAUUUUACUGACAAUUUGAUGGAAAUAGAUGAAGAAGGAGGGUUUACAUCUAAAGCAAUCAUUCAGAGAGACAAAGUGGAUGAAGAAACUUUAAACUAUUCAUAUGAGGAUGAAUUUGAUAAUGAUGUGGAUGCUCUGCUGGAAGAGGGCCUCUGUGUUCCCAAGAAGAGGAGAAUUGAUGAGAAAUAUGGAGGAGAGAGUGACCAUCAGUCUGAUGGAGAGACAAGCGUCCAGCCAAUGAUGACCAAAAUUAAAACUGUUCUUAAAAGUCGCGGCCGUCCUCCUACGGAACCCUUGCCUGAUGGAUGGAUCAUGACAUUCCAUAACUCGGGCAUUCCUGUAUAUCUCCACAGAGAAUCCAGAGUUGUUACCUGGUCCAGACCUUACUUCUUGGGAACAGGAAGCAUAAGGAAACAUGAUCCUCCUCUGAGCAGCAUUCCUUGUUUGCAUUAUAAGAAAAUGAAAGAAAAUGAGGAAAGGGAACAAAGCAAUGACAUAACGCCAAGUGGUGAAGUAUCACCGGUUAAACUCUUGGAUAAGCCUUUAGAAUUGGACUGCCAGACAGAGGAACCAGACUCCACUGCUGCUGAUUCUGGGAAUUUAGAAGAGAGAGACACAUCUGGGGGAGAUGCAGCACAAGGAGCUUUAGGUCAGGUUAAGGCCAAAGUUGAAGUGUGCAAAGACGAAUCAGUAGACCUUGAAGAUUUUAGGCACUACCUUGAAAAACGUUUUGAUUUUGAACAAGUAACCGUAAAGAAGUUUAGAACUUGGGCUGAGAGACGGCAGUUCAACCGUGAGAUGAAGAGGAAACAAGCAGAGUCUGAAAGACCCAUUUUGCCAGCCAAUCAAAAACUUAUUACCUUGUCUGUACAAGAUGCACCCACCAAGAAAGAAUUUGUUAUUAAUCCCAAUGGGAAGUCUGAAGUUUGUAUCCUUCAUGAAUAUAUGCAACGAGUCCUUAAGGUUCGACCUGUUUACAAUUUCUUUGAAUGUGAGAACCCAAGUGAGCCUUUUGGAGCCUCAGUUAUUAUUGACGGAGUGACGUAUGGGGCAGGAACCGCAAGUAGCAAGAAACUUGCCAAGAAUAAAGCUGCUCGAGCCACACUAGAAAUCCUUAUUCCUGAUUUUGUUAAACAGACCUCUGAGGAAAAGCCCAAAGAUAGUGAGGAACUAGAGUAUUUCAACCAUAUCAGUAUUGAGGACUCUCGGGUAUAUGAACUGACUAGUAAAGCUGGACUUUUGUCUCCAUAUCAAAUCCUUCAUGAGUGCCUUAAAAGAAACCAUGGCAUGGGUGACACAUCCAUAAAGUUUGAAGUAAUUCCUGGUAAAAAUCAGAAGAGUGAAUACGUCAUGACAUGUGGGAAGCAUACUGUGCGCGGCUGGUGUAAGAACAAGAGAGUUGGAAAACAGUUGGCUUCUCAGAAAAUCCUUCAGUUGCUUCACCCACAUGUGAAAAAUUGGGGCUCUUUAUUGCGCAUGUAUGGCAGAGAGAGCAGUAAAAUGGUUAAGCAGGAGACUUCUGAUAAAAGUGUGAUAGAACUGCAGCAGUAUGCCAAAAAGAACAAGCCAAAUCUACACAUUCUGAACAAGUUACAGGAAGAAAUGAGAAAAUUGGCACAAGAAAGGGAGGAAACACGAAAGAAACCCAAAAUGACAAUUGUAGAAUCUGCUCAACCUGGCAGCGAGCCUCUGUGUACUGUUGACGUGUGACCAGAAAGCGUAAGAAUUGGGAAGCAAUAAAGCAAGUGAAAGAAGCUAGUUUUUCCGACAAUUUAGGAACUGAUUUGCCUCAGAAUGCAAAAUAACGAUCCAAUCAGCUUCAAAUAUGCAUUGUUUGUUUGCAUCAUUAGGGCAACAGUACUGAACUUCAGAUUUUGUUAAUCAUGUGCAUUUAUUCAGGUGAGCCAGGCUUGUUGAGAGAGGAUAUGCUGAAGGAAGCACUCAUCCACCCCCCUUACCCCCGGCAGUAUCCAUGCUGUCUUUAAUGGAUGUGCUUGGAAUAGAUAACAAAUAUAUAAUAUAGGAAGGCUACCAAACACUUUCUUACAUGAGUAUGCUGACAACCUUUUUUUUUUCCUGGAGAAGAGCUUUGUUGCAUUGUAGCACAGAAUAAUAUGCACUGUAAGACACUUUUGACAGCUACAUUGAAGAAAAAGUGGAAAGCUGUGUUCCUUAGUGCCAUGAAGGUUAGGCCACUAGUUUCCCAUGUUUAUAAAUUUUGGCAGUCAUAUCAUAGGAUUUUAAAGAAACUAUCCUGAUACACUAAUCUCCUCUUAGACAAUAAAACAAAUUCAUAGCAAUAUUGAGCACCAAAGUGUCCCCAUUUUAAUUGUUGGGUCUUUCUUUUCAAAAGCAGGAACGGUGGUUUUUUACAUAAAAGACAAACAGAAGAAUAGGCUUAAUUUGAUUGACGCAGUGAACCUUGGGUUGACUGAGUACUACUGCUCUGCAACUUCUGUUCAUGUAAGUGGGACUUGUGAGAAAAUCUUCCAUAAUAUUAAUCAAAAUCAAUGUUCACUAGCAGUGCUUUGUGCCAUGCAUCUGGUGUCACUUUUAAGACCCCAGUUGAAAGGCAAUGUGAAAAUACACUGACAGUUCCAACACUUAAAACAGCAUCUAUCAUGUGGCAUAAUUGUAUUUAAUCCAGCUGGCUCUAAUUGAGACUUCAUUUUCUAGGAGACAUCUAGAUGGAUGAAUAUCCCCAAAUCAUGGUGAAAAUGCUCUCCCACAUAAGAUGGUGUUUGAGGGAAUUUUUAAUUUUUAAUUUAUUAUUAUUAUUACUACUAUUAUCUUUGGUGGGAGCAUGUCGUGCCCCCCCUAGCCUUCCACAUUUUCCCAACCCUGCCCUAGACCAACAAUCAUUUAUGGACAAAUGCUGCGAUUUACCAGAGCAUAAGCAAACAAUUUUAAAGUAUCAGAGACAGUAUAGUUCCUUUAUGAAAUAUAUACAAUAUUUGGUAUGCAAAAUAAAUUGCAAGGAAAAAAGAAGAUUGUAAGCACCACCUGUAAGACUAGAUUCUCAUACCAGUAUAGCACAGAUAUAGCUCUUAUGUAAGUAUAUUUUUAUGCCUGUAUGUGAAGAAUCCAAGCAUAAGAAAGUUGUAGGCAAGCUGUAACAAGAAUAUAAAUAAAACAGAUGUGAAUCCCAUUUUGGGAAAAAGACAAUGAAAGAAAUAUAUAAAUUUUGUAUACAACUUUGCCACCAUUAAAAUGCACUUCAAAUGACA